AUGGUUAAAGCUGUUGUUCUCGGAGCUGCUGGCGGUAUCGGCCAACCUUUGGCUCUUCUCUUGAAGGCGAACCCUCUCGUCACUGAGCUGGGUCUUUUCGAUAUCGUCAAUACCCCUGGAGUUGCUGCCGAUCUCUCCCACAUUUCUACUCCCGCUAAGGUUGAAGGUUACCUACCCCCUGAUGAUGGCUUGAAGAAGACUUUGAAGGGUGCAGAUAUUGUUGUCAUCCCCGCUGGCGUGCCACGGAAGCCUGGUAUCAAUGCAGGUAUCGUUAAAGAUCUUGCCACUGGUAUCGCUACCACUGCACCCAAAGCCUUCGUUUUGGUUAUCUCUAACCCCGUGAACUCCACCGUUCCCAUUGUCGCGGAGGUUUUCAAGAAGUUUGGCACUUAUGACCCUAAGCGCCUUUUCGGUGUUACCACUCUGGAUGUGGUUCGCGCCUCCACCUUUGUCGCCGAAAUUCAUGGCGACCUCUCCCUUUCCAAAGACGUGGUUGUCCCUGUUGUCGGUGGACACAGCGGUGUUACUAUUGUCCCUCUCCUUUCUCAAUCAUCUCAUCCUCUUCCUGCAUCCUUCUCAAAGGAUUCUCUCGACGCUCUUGUGAACCGAAUCCAAUUUGGUGGUGAUGAAGUCGUCAAGGCUAAGAGUGGUGCAGGAUCUGCAACUUUGUCCAUGGCUUACGCUGGUGCUGAGUUUGCUGCCAAAAUUAUCCGUGCCAUCAAAGGAGAGAAAGGGAUUGUGGCGCCUAGCUACGUCAGCGUCGAGGCAGACGCUGCUGGCAGCGCUGCCCUGACCAAAGAACUUGGUCAAGAACUCGCUUUCUUCUCUUCAAAUAUCGAACUUGGGCCCGAGGGUGUUGCGAAGAUUAACCCUCUUGGUACUAUCACAGAGGCGGAACAAGCUCUUGUCAAGGCUGCUCUUCCUGAGUUGGUCAAGAACAUCGAUACAGGUGUCAACUACGUUGCUGAGGCCUACAAGACUGAGGAACCCAGACUCUAG